AUGGGUUCAAAGAAGGUGUCGAGGGGGCCCCCCGGGGGCCCCCCUGGGGGCCCCCCCGGGGGCCCCGCGCCGGGUGCUGCGGGGGGGGGCCCCCCGGGGGCCCCCGAGGCCCCCGAACUGGACGAAGCUACGCUGCAGCGGCUGCAGCAGCAGCUGCUGGAAGACGAAGAGUUUGCUGCAGACAUGAGGGCUUUGCUGCUGGCCAAGUUUAGGGCCAAACACCGCAAGGGGGGCCCCCAGGACUGCAGCAAGGGGGGCCCCCAGGACUGCAGCAAGGGGGGCCCCCAGGACUGCAGCGAGGAGUCUGGAGAAGAGUCUGAAGACUCUCUAAACCCUCAGCAAACCCUAAACCCUCGACAAACCCUAAACCCUCAAGACCUCCGCAGACUCCAACAACUCGGCUACCAACUCCAACCCCACGAAAGACUCAUCCCCAAAAGCAAGUCCCACACUACAACAAGACCCUCGGGGGCCCCCCAGGGGCCCCACAGGGGCCCCCAAAGGGGCCCCAAAGGGGCCCCACAGGGGCCCCCAAAGGGGCCCCAAAGGGGCCCCACAGGGGCCCCACAGGGGCCCCCAAAGGGGCCCCAAAGGGGCCCCACAGGGGCCCCCAAAGGGGCCCCAAAGGGGCCCCACAGGGGCCCCAUAGGGGGCCCUCAAAGGGGCCCCACAAGGGCCCCCAGACGAGGCCCACAGGGGCCCCACAAGGGUCCCACAGGGGCCCCCAAAGGGGCCCCAUCAAGACCUCAAGUGGGGCCCGUGUGGGCCCCCACAGGGGCCCCUGAGGGGCCAGCAGCAGCAGCAGCAGCAGCAGCAGCAGCAGCAGCAGGGCCUCAAAGAAAGGCCUCCAAAGUGGCGGAUGGGAAGGCUCUUGAGGAGGAGGAAGAAGCAGCAAAUUCGGCUGUCUCGGAUGAACAGGCUUUGCUGCAGAAGCUGGAGGAGCUGAAGUACGAGCCGCCGCCGGGAAUGCGGCGAGUGCCUUUUGUGGAGACUCUGGCCAUUGUGGUCAGCCCUGCUGCUGCUGCUGCUGCUGCUGCUGCUGCUGCUGGGGAAGAUGGGAAGGAAGCAGAAGAAACUUUGGACGAUCUCAAGAGGGAGGCCCGCUUCGCGAGUUUGCUGCAGGCGACUGCGCCGGUGGCGCUGGCGCGGCUGCGGGCCGUGGGGCUGCAGUUCAGCAGACCUGGAGAUUAUUUGGCGGAGAUGUUGAAGAGUGAGCAGCAAAUGGGGCGGGUGCGUGCGCAGCUGGAGGCGGAGCAGCAGCAGCAGCAGCAGCAGCAGCAGCAGCAAAACCGCAGCUUCAACCGCAAGUUCAACCGCCUCAGCGGCCACCAAGUCGUGCAGCAGCAGGAAGCUGCUCGCAGACGCAAUCUGCAGCUCAAGGCCAUUCAGCAGUGGCGCAGCAGCAGGCAGCAAGCCCGCAGCAGCGGGGCCCCGCAGCAGGAAGCAGAAGAGGCCUUUGACCAGUGGCUCUUGGGGCUGCAGCAGCAGCAGCAGCAGCAGCAGCAGCAGGGGGGGGCCCAGGGCCUGCUGCCCAACCACGGACGCAGCUUCAAGCAGCUGCAGCGCCCGGGGGGCCCCCAGAGGAACCCCAGCAGCAGCAGCAGCAGCAGCAGCAAAGGCAGCAGCAAAGGCAGCAGGAGAAAGGGCAAACCCACCAAGCGGGGCCCCCGCUCUGCACGGGGAGCCAAGAAGGGCCCCCGCAAGAAGAAGAGGCUUGCUUAG